AUGCCGGGCUACGACUACAAGCUGCUGGAGCGGCCGCGGCGGCGGGUGCUGUGCCCGCUCUGCGGGAAGCCCAUGCGGGAGCCCGUCCGCGUCUCCACCUGCGGCCACCGCUUCUGCGACACCUGCCUGCAGGAGUUCCUCAGCGAAGGUGUCUUCAAGUGCCCGGAGGACCAGCUGCCCCUGGACUACGCCAAGAUCUACCCCGACCCGGAGCUGGAGGCGCAGGUGCUGAGCCUGGCCAUCCGCUGCAUCCACAGCGAGGAGGGCUGUCGCUGGAGCGGGCUCAUCAAGCACCUCCAGGCCCAUCUCAGCACCUGUGGCUUCAACGUGAUCCCCUGCCCCAACCGGUGCAGCGCCAAACUGAGCCGCCGCGACCUGCCCGAGCACGUCCAGCACGGCUGCCCCAAGCGCCGGGUCAAGUGCGAGUUCUGCGCCAGUGACUUCACUGGGGAGGCCUUUGAGGGCCACCAGGGCACGUGUCCCCAGGAGAGUGUGUACUGCGAGAACAAGUGUGGGGCCCGCAUGAUGCGGCGCCUGCUGUCCCAGCACGCCCUGGCCGAGUGCCCCAAGCGCACCCAGCCCUGCACCUACUGCUCCAAGGAGUUUGUCUUCGACACCAUCCAGAACCACCAGUACCAGUGUCCCCGGUACCCUGUGCCGUGCCCCAACCAGUGUGGGACACCCAGCAUCCCCCGGGAGGACGUGCCCACCCACCUCAAGGAGAGCUGCAACACUGCCAUGCUGCUGUGCCCCUUCAAGGAGGCUGGCUGCAAGCACCGGUGCCCCAAGCUGGCCAUGGGUCGGCACCUGGAGGAGAGCACCAAGGCACACCUGGGCAUGGUGUGUGCCCUGGUGAGCCGGCAGCGGCAGGAGAUCCUGGAGCUGCGGCGUGACAUGGAGGAGCUGUCAGUGAGCAGCGACGGGACCCUCAUCUGGAAGAUCGCCGACUACGCCCGCAAGCUGCAGGAGGCCAAAGCCCGCAGCAACUACGAGUUCUUCAGCCCCCCCUUCUACACCCACAAGUACGGCUACAAGCUCCAGGUCUCGGCUUUCCUCAACGGCAACGGGAGCGGGGAGAGCAGCCACCUCUCCGUCUACAUCCGUGUGCUGCCGGGAGAGUACGACAACCUGCUGGAGUGGCCCUUCUCCUACCGCGUCACCUUCUCCCUGCUGGACCAGAGCGACCCCUCGCUCUCCAAGCCCCAGCACAUCACCGAGACCUUCCAUCCCGAUCCCAACUGGAAAAACUUCCAGAAGCCGGGAGCCUCGCGCAGCUCCCUGGACGAGAGCACCCUGGGCUUCGGCUACCCCAAGUUCAUCUCCCACGAGGACAUCAGGAAACGGAACUACGUGCGGGAUAAUGCCAUCUUCAUCAAAGCCUCGGUGGAGAUCCCCCAGAAGAUCCUGGCCUGAGCCUUUGAGGGGGGACAGGAUGUGAGUGGGGCGCCCACCCAGGGGUGCCCCAAGUGGUGCUGAGCCCCUGCCCGCAGUCAGUGCUCCCGGCUUGGGGACGCUGCUGUGGCGCAGUGGUGGCUCUCAGGAUAGGCAGGGAUGGGGCUGCUCCCAUGUCCCUGCUGGGGCUGGGACGCUCUGGCAGCCCCAGCUGCCCCCUGGGGGCAGCCCCUUCUCAGGUGCCCGGGGGUGCCGGGGGGCUGGGCCCCCCAAGCCUCUCACUGGGGCACCCAACAGCCCCUGCCAGCCUCACUGGGGACCCCGCAGGACCCCACUGCCCAGAGCCAUAUUUUGUAAGCUGGUGCUCCCCAGGUUGUUAUUUAUUUCCCCAAGCCGGGGCCGUUGCCCCCUUCC